AUGCUGAACUGGUGGUUAGGUCGAACAGCUGAAGGGAACGGCGACGAUGAUCAGUAUCUAGACCGAGACCCUCCAGAGACUCCUGCUCCCGUGUUUGCUGCUCGUGCUCUGAAAAGUGCCAUUUUCGGUGCACUGCCUCAGCAAAACGAUGAUACAAUCUACGAAAUCGACACCAAAUCUGGACUAGAAGCUGGCAAAGAUGCCAGAGACUUACAGCCACGGAACAUUUCCCCAACCAAGCCUUCCGGAAUCCUACUCACUCCGGGAACUGCAACGACACGACGCAAGACUGUAUCUUUCGGGAACGAAGUGGUGGACAAAGACGUGGAUAAGAAAACAGCAGCUCAAAGAGUUACCAGGCGAAGCCGCUUAUCAGAUGAUGGUGAGAAACAAGCUUCGACUCCAUUUGCUCAGGCAACAGAAGAACCAACGAGGGCAGCACGGAAGACAACUCUUACACGCGCUCUAGAGAAGGUUAGAGAGGAGACACCAAAGAUCGAGACCAGGCAACCUUCGAAAGAGUUAGAUUUGGAACCCAGGAAGUCCCGAACAUCAAUAGAAACGGCCUUAAAUACGGAGUCCGUCAAUCCUAUCAAACCACAGCAGAGUAGUCGGGUUCUUCCGCGACACUCGGAUGAUGACGAUAACACGGAUCUAGAAAUGACUGUGGACUUGAAAUAUCCCCGUUCGCAGUCUGGAAAGUUUUGGAAAGCCGAGUACCAGCAAUAUCACGAAAAUGCGCUUCUGGAGAUGAAAAAAGUGCUCGCUUACAAGGAACUCGCCAAAUCGUAUGCGAAGCACAAGGAUGCGCAGAAUAUUGAGCUUACGAAAAAAUUGAACGACGCCCAGAAACAAGUCAAGGAUAUGGAGGACAAAAUGUUUGAGCUAUCUGCUCGUAUCACCUUGUCAGGUAAAGACGGCAAUGGCGACGAGGCUCCAGAACUGGUACAGGAACUUGCACGACAGGCAGCUUUAGGAGUUCAAUACAAGGCCCAAGUUGAGGAGUUUCGAGCAGCACUUGAGGGGGGUGACAACAAUCAAAAUAGCCCCAGUAAGCAUGCCAGAAAUCGACGGGCAUCUCGCCAGUCGGAGGAGGCGGAAAUCGAUACACAUCGCGAACUGAAGAGAUUGCAUGAGCAGCUCAAAGAAAUGGCUUCAAUGAAGGAUGAGUUUUCCAGUCUUCGGCAAUCAUUCUCGGCCGCGGAGAAGUUAGUCCAGAAGCUUCAGGACGAGAACAGCAAGCUAACUCAACAACUCCUUCAUGCUGACUUGCGGCUUGAGAAACAUUUGGAGAAGUGUGAGCAGAAGCGACAGUCGUUGGAUGAACAGCGUCAGAGGAGAGACGAGAUCGUUCAGAAUCUUCAAAAUGACUAUGAUAAGUUGAAAGAGCAAGCAAAAUCACAACGUCGCGAUGCAGAGCAUCUGUUGAAGAAGCGACAUGACCAGGUUGUGGAUUUGAAACGGGAAAUAGCUUCACUACGUGCUGCUGACACGAAUGCGGUGGAAUUCCAGAGGGUACUUCAAGAAAAGACUGCUGUACAUGAUCGAACGGUUGCUGAGCUACAGAAGCAAAUUGCAGACCUGAAAGGAAAGUUUCAGCAAAACACAAAGGAAACGGCUUCUUCGGGGCUGUCAAGGGAGAGGAUAUUCGAUGCUUCUGUCCUCGCUUCAAAGCCGCUUCCCAGUCUCGCAAGUUCGCAAGCAAGAGAGAGUCAAAUCCCCAUUUCGAGCCAAUUUGUUUCUCGACCGUCCAAGGUUCUUAUGGCCUCCAAGACGUCUAAAUCCGAAACUCCUACCGGAUCGCCCAGGCGUCGCUCCUCUUAUUCUGCCAUGUCUGAGAUGACAAAUAGAGGCCAUGGUGAGCCUACUCCUUUCCAGCGUUCUGGACCAGUGCAGCACACUCCCCUUGGCCCACUGACUCCUCUGACAAACCGCUUCUCAACACUGUCAAAAGACUCCGGAGAGGUACACCAACACUACUCAGAACCAUCGCUUCCGCCGGCAACCAGUCGAGCUAUUCACGAGAGGAGCUGUCGCCCAAGUCCUGGCCCCUCCAUAUUUAGCAUUGCUUCAAGCCCCCCCAAGGCAGCCGUGGUCAGACCAAGGAUUUCCAACGAGCUUUCGAGACAAGAGUCACAAAGCAAUAUCAACUCGCGUCAAAAUGCGAACACGGCCUCAAGUCGCCUCUCAAAUUUGGACAGCUCGAGGAUGAGAAAUCCCAUUCCGCCAGAGCGAGCAGCAGCGGCGCGGGCCAGACUAGAGAAGAAACAGGCAGAGAAGAAGAGAGUACAGGCGUUGGGGGCAGACAAGGAGAACACACCUAGCCAGCUGUGA